AUGGAACCACCGGGCGGGAGGGACUCCCGUUUCAACCUCGGUUACAGCAUGAAUUUGCUGAGCGGCGAAACGCCGCCAGAAAUCUACGGCAAUCCGAAUCUGGGUAGGCCGUCGACCAGCCUCCAGCAAUUGUCUCCGAGACACACGAUGGUGUCCAGCGCCUGCAAUCGGGGCAUCAAAUCGGACCUGUACGACGACAGAGGCAUGUCCAGCCAGGGCAUGGGUCUGGACAAUUGCGUGAAUGACAUCAGCGAAGACACCUACUCGAUGCAGUCGAAAAAGUCUCCGCCAAGCAACGGCAAAAAGACCAAAGGUCGCGUCAAGAUCAAAAUGGAGUAUAUCGAGAACAAGCUCAGGAGAUAUACGACGUUUUCCAAGAGGAAAACCGGGAUCAUGAAGAAGGUAUGUUGGGAUACAAAUAUCAUAACCUCUUUUACUUGUGGUCAUUCGUUCUGGCGAAUGCACGUGUGGAGGUGCGCGCGCAAGGGCACGGCCGCUCUGCGAUGCGACGUUGCCAAGUCUACGUGGGGAAAAGCCGGAAGUACGUAG